AUGAACACGACGGGCGACCCAGAGCUGCAGGUGGACUCCGCCGUCAGCCGAAAGAUGGAGCAACUGAGCUCGCACUUGGGAUACAACGAGUCGAUGCUUUAUAGCGAGUUGAACAGCUUCUUGCAGGACAGCUACUCGUCGGGGCGGGAGGAGUUCAACGCCACGACCCUCCUGGACCAGAGGAACAAGGCGCUGGCCGUCGUCGAGAUCAUCGUCCUCAUCCUGAUCCUGUUCGUGGCCGUCGUGGGCAAUGUGUUCGUGCUGAUCGCGCUGUGGCGCCACUCGCUCUUCCAGCAGAUGUCGCGCUGCUACCUGUUCAUGCUGCACCUGAGCCUGGCGGACCUCAUGGUGGCGCUGUUCAACAUCCUGCCGCAGCUCAUCUGGGAGAUCACGUACCGCUUCCAGGGCUCCGACCUGCUCUGCCGGCUGAUCAAGUACGCACAGGUGUUCGUGCUGUACGUGUCCACCUACAUGCUGGUGUUCAUGGCGGUGGACCGCGUGCGCGCCGUGCAGGGCAGCGGGCGCGGGUCCCUCCGGGCGGCGAGACUCAUGAUCGCCGGCGCCUGGCUGGUGGGCCUCGUCCUGGCCACGCCGCAGGUCCUCCUCUUCGCCGUCAGGGAGAUCGAGCCGGGCGUCAAGGACUGCUGGGUCGUGUUCGAGCUGGUCAACGAGCGGGUGUACGUCACGUGGUUCGUGGUGUCCGUGUUCCUGCUGCCGCUGACCAUCAUCGCCGUGUCCUACGGCUACAUCUGCUGGGCGGUGUGGCACAGCAGCGGGGCGCUGCAGCCCACCCACUCCUGGCACUACAACUGCUGCGGCUGCGUCAGAAGUCGGACUCGAAGGAACGACACGGACGGCGCCUUCGGCCUCGAGUUGCAGCCCGUGGUGAGAGCGCGGAGGCAGGCGGACAAGGCGCUCUCGCCCGCCGUCGCCAAGGUGUCAGCGGCGAAGAUGAAGACGGUGCGGAUGACGCUCACCGUGGUCAUCGCCUUCACGCUCUGCUGGUCGCCCUUCUGCAUCGCGCAGCUGCAGGCGGUCUACGACAGGCCCGAGGACAUGUCGACCAUGAGCUCCGUGGCUGUCGUGUGCAUGUUGCUCGGGUCUCUCAACAGCUGCACGAACCCCUGGAUUUACCUUUACUUCAGCGGCACAUUACUCAAUCAGCUGAGGGUGGUCCUAGGAUUCGGUCCGAGCCGCUCCAACGACAACGCAUCCCUAGGAGACGAGGACCCGAGGGAGGAGGGCCUGGCAGUCAACAAGAGACCGAUAACGCAUUCUAGUGUCCCAUAG